CUCUCUCCGGGCGAUUUCGCAGGUUUCCCCACGGAGGUCACGGAGGAAGCAUUAACCCUGCUCUUCCCGGAGGAGAAAGGGCAGCCUCGGGAUCUGCGGAGAGAGGAAGAGCGCGGCUAUGGAAUGGAGUUCGGCAUCACGAUUGACUCAAUAUUGGAAGCGUGGGAGUCGUGUUCGCGUGUCAAACUCCGGCUUCCUCCACGAUUCCAUAGCAGGGAAAGAGGAGUCAGAACUGCAUUCAUUCUGCAAUGUAGAUGAGUCAAAAAGGGUGCAUCUUUUUGUGUUGUGGCUUUUAUGGAAUCACAGGGUUUUGGUGAGUUUUCCGGGCUAUGUUCCGGGAGCAUUCUCUCCUGACGUUUCGGCUACACCUGUGGCAGGCAUCCUCAGAAGUUGUGAGGUAUAUUGGGGGGGGGAAACUAAGCAAGGGAGGUUUAUAUAUCUGUGGAAAGUCCAGGGUGGGAGAAAGAACUCUUGUCUUUUUUGAAGGCUGGCAGAUUGGUGGUCGCUUUGCCCUACUACAGAGAGAGUCCUGUUACAACUCCUACUAGAACUCGAACUCAGUCCACCUCAGAGGAAGGCGAUGGCCAAUCCCUGGAGGCAAGAAUCCCCGCGAUAGCAUUGCCUUCCGUGGGAGUAGACUGGGGAGCGCGUAACACAACGCUUGGAGAGCUGAAAGGUGGUCAAGAGAGUCCCUUACUUGAGAGCCUAACUUGUGGAAUUGACACGCUUCCUCUGCCGUCCCGUGGGGUUGCGAAGAGGACCUUCCGUGGGCUCGCUCUCCCCACAGAGAAGCCCCACGGCGCGCCCUUUGCUUGACACCUCCCUCCGCCUCCCGGCUGGUGGCGGUCCUCCUCCUCCUCCUCCUCCUCUACUCUUUGCGCGUGUAUUUUUAGGUCACCGGAGCGGCGGGAUAGGUAAUCCCCGGGCUCAAGUUCCCAAAAGGGGCGGGUCUCUGGCCGGAGGUGGAGUCACACGAUUUUUUCCCCCCUUUUUGCGUUUAAAUCCCCGGCUAUAAAAUGGGCUUAAGGAGAAGCGGGAUCUCAAGCGCUGGGCUCAGAGCGAGGAGGAGAAAGAGGAGGAGGAGGGAGAGAAAGAGAGGGAGCACCGUCCACGCGUGACUGUCUCUGCCGCUGCGGGUCCGGCGUGGGGCUCUCUCCUCUUCCAAGUGGCGGGAGUUUUCUUUCUACUGUAGCCGCUUCCCGCGUGGGGGGUGAGUUUCCCCGCGUGGAGAUAUUUUUAUUGUCACGCGUGGGAUUUUUUCACGCGUGGGCUCCUUCUUUCUCCUCCACCACGCGUGGAAUUUGUUUUCACGCGUGCAUUCCGUUUUCUUCCUUUAUCCACGCGUAAAUUGUUUCCUGCGUGGAAAUUGUUAUUGUCACGCGUGGACUUGUGGUUUUUUCACGUGUUGAUUCCUUUGCUACUCCUUCCACGCGUGGAUUUCCCCGCGCAAAAAUUAUUGCCUGACGUGGAAUUUUCACGCGUGUGUUGCAUUUUUUUCACGCGUGGAUUUUUUUCUCUCUCUCCCUCCGGGCGGCGAUGCUGCUUCCCCCGAUGGGCUCGCAGCCCUUGCAAGCGCUGAGCCAGGCGGCGGCGUGCGUCCUGCUCCUGCCGCGCUUCCUCCUCACGGCCCUCAUGCUCUGGCUCCUGGACUUCCUUUGCAUCCGCAAGAAGCUGCUCCUGACGCCUCGGAGCGGCGAGGAAGAGGAGGAAGGGGAAGAAGAGGAGGAGAGAGGUGAGGACUCGGAGGAGGCUUCUUUAACGACGUCCCCUGCUGCUGCUGCUGCUUCUUCUUCUUCGCCUCCGCCUUCUCCCGGCUCCUCGUGCGCCGCCGCCUCCUCCUCCUCCGUGGACGACCCCCCGCUCUGCGUCUCGGACUCGAACCGCAUGUUCACGCUGGAGUCGCUGAAGGCGGUGUGGCACGGGCAGAAGCUGGACUUCUUCAAGGCGGCGGCGGUGGGCGCGGCGGCGCCGGACCCGGAGGUGGUGCCGCUGGAGGGCGCGGCGGCGGAGAGGCCCGUGAGGCUGCUGGACUUCGCCCGCGGCCCGCGCCCGCUCAUCCUCAACUUCGGCAGCUGCACCUGACCGCCCUUCAUGGCGCGGCUGCGGGCCUUCCGGCGCCUGGCCGCGCGCUUCCUGGACGUGGCGGACUCGCUGCUGGUGUACAUCGAGGAGGCGCACCCCUCGGACGGCUGGGUCAGCUCCGACGCCGCCUACGCCAUCCCCAAGCACCGCUGCCUCCAGGACCGGCUCCGCGCCGCGCGGCUCAUGCAGGCCGGCGCCCCCGGGUGCCCGCUGGCCGUCGACACCAUGGACAACGCCUCCUCCGCCGCCUACGGGGCCUACUUCGAGCGCCUCUACAUCGUCCAGGACCGCCGCGUCGUCUACCAGGGCGGGCGCGGGCCCGAGGGCUACAAGAUCGCCGAGCUCCGCGCCUGGCUCGACCGCUACCGCAAGAGGCUCCUCCGGCCCAGCAACGCCGGACCCAGCACCGUCGUUGUCCAGGUGUAGAGAGAGAGGGACCCCGAGAGACUCACCUGGGCGGGGGAGCUGUUUCUCCCCGCUUUCCAACCUUCAUCCUCUUCCUAAAUGCCCAGGUGGAAAUGCAGACUGUACCUGUGGCGGGAGGAACUCACCUGCGAAGCCCAUCUGAAGCAGGGACUCAAUUUCCACUGUGUUUCCCGCGCCUUCCUAACCAUUCCCUCCAAUUUCCAAAGGGCUGAGUAGACUGUAUGUAGGGGAUGAAGGAGAAGAAGACUCACACAUGAAAUACAUACACACAUAAAUACAUACAUAUGCACAUAUACAUACAUACAUACAUACAUACAGGGGAAGAAGACUUUCACACAUGAAAUACAUACACACAUAAAUACAUACAUAUUCACAUAUCUAUUUGCAUCCGGAGCCCUUUCUCCCCAUUUCCAACCUUUAUCCACCUCCUAAAUGCCCAGGUGUCAAUGCAGACUGUACCUGGUGGGACUUACCUAAGAGAUCCAUCUCUUUCCACUUUCUCCCAUCCAGUGUCUUGUGGUGUUUUUGGUGUUGCACUAGGAUUCUGGGAGUUCAAAUCCCCCUCCUUGCCACCAUCAUGGGACAAGAGUUCUGGCUCUUAAAGAAGAGGCGCCCUUUAUAAUAAGGGACACAUCUCGGGGGCCCAAAUUGUUGUGUUGUGAGUUUUCCAAUCGACUCCCAACUGAAGGCAAUUCUAUUCUGGGUUUUCUUAGCGAGUUGGGUUCAGAGGAGAGUUGCCUCUUAUUCUUAGGCAGGCAGAGUGUAAGUUGGGAUCUGAAUAGAGAUUUGAAACCUGGACUGUAUAAGGAAGGUAGCUUGACACCACUUUAACUGCCAUGGGAGUUCUAGUUUAACAACAUCUGUAGCCUUGCCUGCCACAUCCAUCCUGCUUCGUCCAAUUUCCAAAGGCCUGAGUAGACUACGUCAAGAAUGAAGGGGAAGACUCACCUGGGAGGUCCAUUCUGAGUGAUUUCUCCCCCUUUUCUAAGUCCCUGGUGGGAGGACCUUACCUGGGAGCAAUGCAUCUCUGGCCUCUUCCACACAUUGUCUGCUUUGAACUGGGUUAUAUGGCAGUGUGGACUCAGAUAACCCAGUUCUAAGCAGAUAUUGUGGGGUUUUUCUGCCUGGAUGUUCUGGUUUAUAGGUCUGUGUGGAAGGGCCCUCUGUCCCUCUCUUUCCCACCUGUUCUGCCCAAUUCCCAAAUGCCCAGGUGUAAAAACAGGCUGUAUCUUGAGGAAUUGGAGGGGAGAAGACUCACCUGUGAAGUAAAUCCAGAGCAAUUUCUCCCUUAUCUACUUGUCUCAUCCAAUUCCCAAAUCCACAGGUGUAAAAUCAGGCUGUAUCUUGAGGAAUUGGGGGGGGGGGGGGAGAGAAGACUCACAUGCGAAGUCAGAAAGGAGAGACUCACCUGUAUAGUAAAUCCAGAGUGAUUUCUCCCGUGUCUAGUUGGCCCAUCCAAUUCCCAAAUGCCCAGGUGUAAAAGCAGGCUGUAUCUUGAGGGAUGAAGGAGGAGAAGACUCACCUGCGAAGUCAGAAGGGAGAGACUCACCUGAGUCUCUUCCAGAGUGAUUUCUCCCUUGUCUACUUGGCACAUCCAAUUCCCAAAUGCCCAGGUGUAAAAACAGGCUUUAGCUUGAGGAAUGAGGGGGAGAGAGAGAAGACUCACCUGUAUAGUCAAUCCAGGGUGAUUUCUCCCUUGUCCACUUGGCCCAUCCAAUUCCCAAAUGCCCAGGUGUCAAGGCAGGCGGUGUCUUGAGGAAUGAAGGGGAAAGAAGAUUCACCUGCGAAGUCAGAAAGGGGAGACGCACCUGUAUAGUCAAUCCAGAGUGAUUUCUUCCUUGUCCACUUGGCCCGUCCAAUUUCCAAAGGUACUUAAGGGUGAAAUGAGGGGGGAAACUCACCUGUGAUGUCCAUUUCAGUGACUUUUCUCUGUUCCCCUCCUUUCCAGCCCUCAUCCAAGUCCCAAAGACUCAGGUGUUAAAGGCAGAUUGCCUUUGGGGUGGGAUGUGUUAGAAAACUCUGGCCCUCCAGGUGUUUUGGACUUCAACUCCCACCAUUCCUAAAAGCCUCAGGCCCUUUCCUUUCCAGGAAAGGGCCUGAGGCUGUUAAGAAUGGUGGGAGUUGAAGUCCAAAACACCUGGAGGUCCCAAGUUGGCCCAUACCUGGUGUAGUUGCACCCUUUUUUCCCUGGACUCCCUUCCGCCAGCCCCAUUCAAUUUCCAAGUGGCCUCUGUGUGAGUUUUCAUGCAAGACUGUUAUUGUUCUUUGACACACAAUUCUCGAAUCACGUUGAUUUGCCGAAGGUUUCUUAUUAACAUUCAUUUCUACGUGCAAGUUUGUGUAUUUUUACAAAGAAGUCUUUGUCUUUUUCUUUUCUUCAAAAGAAAAAAAGACUGAAAUCAGUUGUGUGUGUGUAUGUGUGUGUACAUGUGCGUGAAUGGACUUCCAGGGGAAGCGUUUGCUCUUUCCACAGACUUCUGUGGGUUUGCCCUUUGCUGGGAUUUCUAGUGUUUCUGCGUGACGACCGGUUUCGAAAUGGUGGAUCCAAUGCCAGGAAAUCGAGUCCGAUAUUCUUGAGAUGCUAGACUUUGCAGUAAAGCAACCACAGGAGGAAAGGAAAGUGCAAAAAGAAUGUCAAUAUUUAUGUGAUUGCUUGAGUUGGUUUGUUGAACCUUUUUUGUUAUUUUCUCCUUUUUUGUAAAAAUAAGUCUGGUUUUUUAUGAACUUUUUAUAACAUUAUUAAUAAAGAGAAAUUGAAUAAAA